UAUGUAGGCACUGAUGCACUAUGCUGGGAGCAGGAACUCCAUAGAGCAUGGUCUGCCGCUUCUGGAGGUCUACUGCCUGUCUAUAAACUGCUUUGCUGCAGCCCGAUCCCACCUCACCGCAGAGUCCGACAGAGUGGCCCUCGUUUUGAAGAGGCUAGCGUUGAGCUGUUUUGAACUACUGCUGUCAGUGCCUGAGAAUGAGAUCCCAUAUGAAGCCUGGGUUCAGUUCCACCACUCCGUUCAGAUUGCCCAUGACACCUUGUUACAGUAUGGCAGCACAGACCUCCAAGCUUUGCUCCAGAUCACUGGAGAGGGCGGGGCAUGGAGCAACCCGGUCCUGACCGCUCUACUCACUGGCCAGCCCACCAACCAAGAAGAAAUUGAUGCGUACAUAACUUUGGAAGGCGAGGGCUUUAUGGAGAUGCGGGUGAAGCAUCUGGAGAAAAUGGGCGAAGUGGCCAAAGCCGUGGUGUUGGCCAAAGCCUGCACUGAAUGCAGCUUCAUCCCCAACCAGGCAACGUUUCGACAAACGUUUGUGUCCCUGCUCUGUCAUCUGCUGCCCAGCGAAGAAGCCAUAAUGGAGAUAUCCAGAUUGGACUGUAAAGACGUUCUGGAGAUCACGUGUAAUUUAGAGACGGAGGGAGAGGAGAAUACUGCCUUCAUUCUGUGCACAACUUUCCUGACGCAGCAGCUACAACAGCAGAGUCUUUACAGCUCCUGGGAGUUGACUCUAUUAUGGAGUAAGCUUCAGAGGAGGCUGGAUCCUUCAGUGAUGUCUCUUUUGGAAAGAUGCCUUCAGCUUGGUGCCAUCGCCAAAACUGUUCAGCAUUUGCUUUACCUGGUCCGUGUGAUUCAGGCAGAGGCGGAGGAACUGGGGAUACCAGCUUCGGUGGAACUGUGUGUUAAAGCUCUGCAACUUCCAAAACAGGAUGACUCUGAAACCAGAAUAUCUGUCUGUAAAACAGUGUCCUGCCUUCUUCCAAACGAUCUGGAAGUUUUGCGUGCCUGUCAGCUUACAGAGUUCUUACUCGGCCCCUGCCAGGAAGCCUUCAGUUUACUUGAGGAGCUCUACUUGCGCCCUGACCAAAAGUUUGAGCAGGAAAACGAGGUCAUUCCCAACUCGCUACGCUGUGAGCUCUUCCUAGUGCUCAAAGCAUACUGGCCCUUCGACCCGGAAUUCUGGGAUUGGAAGACCCUCAAGUAUCAAUGCAUCUCCCUUCUGGGAUUGAAGCCUGAGUCAGAGGGGGAAGAAGAAGAGAAAGAAGAAGAGGUUGGACUUAAACAAGAAAAUAUCAAGCAAGAGGAACUGCAGGAAUUUACUGUGGGAGUCGAAUCAGGUCACCAAACCAGGAGAAAUGGAGGUCUUGAUGGUCAUAAGAAUGAGGAUAAAAGACAGUCCAGUCCCAAUACAGAAUUCCAAGGAGAACCUGAGAUAAAGCGGCAGAAGUUGUGCUGUCAGAUUUGUAAGAGGUCCAUCAGCGAGGUGCAAAUCAUUCAUCAUUCCAAAAGACACGCCAAGGAAAACAAGCACCCCUGCCCCGUCUGCUUGGAAAAGUUUAGUAACAGAAAGGAGCUUGUGUCUCAUAUGAAAAAACACCUUAACAGCGAAAUGCUUCACUCCCAAAACGCAGCAAAAAAGGAAGAUGUUCAGAAACAGAUGGAAGAGGAUGACGACAUCGAACCGGGUGAGAUUCCCAUUGACCCCUCCUUAAUGCUCUAUUACAAAUCCACGCAUGAUCCAGAUGUGCUGCAGCACAUCGUCCAGCAGGCCAAAACGGCGAAAGAGAAGCAAGCAGAUGACGACGAGCAUAUAACGUUCGAUUACAUCGAGGAGCACUUCAAACUGCAUAACCGAGACGAGUAUCCCUGCCCGGGUAGCGGGUGCACCCGAGUUUUUAAACAUUCCAAGUACCUAUACGUCCACUUAAAGUCAGAACACAGGGGUGAUGACAAUGUGAAAUAUUUCCAUCAAAUGAGAGAUAAGCGGGAGAAAUGUGUGUUUUGCCGGCGCCAUUUUGUAUCCGCUUACCACCACCGCAAACAUCGAAGAGUUCACUUUGGCAAUCGGCCCUACAUGUGCGUGGUUAUAGGCUGCGGUGCCCAGUUUAACACAUCAAAUGAACUUGUCACUCACAAGCAAACCCACGGCUACCAUCUGAACUACCAGUGUGAGCUCAAAGGCUGUUAUGUCACAUACUCUGACCUGGGUCAGAUCUAUCACCAUGAAGCACAGCAUUUCAGAGAUGCGGCCUUUACCUGCCCUGGCAGUGAAUGUCGAAAAUACUAUUUAUCCAAAAAGGAGUUUAUAAAGCAUUUAUCUACACACAACAUUACUUUCACUAAGGAGGACUUUGAGGCUCAGAUAAAGGCAAAGCGGAAGCAUUUUAAGACUAUAACUGAUCCACCAGUGCGCCUUAAUGCGUCAGCUAAUGACACAGACACUCUUAAUGGUGAUGUCCUAAACUGUCCAUCAAUUAGUUGUACUUCCUCUUCGCAAGAAUCUGACGGCAGACCGCCAAAAACUACAAUGACACUUGUGGCAGUGUGCUUUGAUGGCAGUAAGUUCACCUGUGGCUUUGAGCAGUGUGGAAUGACUUUUUCCAGAGCUAGAGAUGUCCAGAGACAUCUGAAGUGUGCUCACCCUGAACAUCUGAAGCUAGAGAACAAGGAGCACAAACGCGUCAAGGAGCAGGGCUCCACCUUUAAAGAGAUGAAGGAUGAAACUGUUCAAGAUGACCAUGAAAAGGGAAGCAAUGAGCUCUUGAUACCACCUCAACCUGUGGAGCCUUGCAAAGAAAAAAAUAUGUUCUCUGAUUCCAUAGAUGAUGAAUCAAGCUAUGUAAACUUUAACAUAAAAAAUGAUAGUCUUAAAGAUAUUCUUAUUGGGCUGAGCAGACUGAGCCUAAACUCCUCGUCCGCUCACACUUUUCCAGGCGUGCCCCCACAAUCCUGCCCAGACUCUAACGGAUCGCAAAUGUCCCUUCAUCAGGCAAUUAUGGCAAAGCCUCCCAUCGUAUUGAUUAAGAAUAGGCCGAGUCUGCCCGAUGACAGAGUAAAAGUCCAGUCUGAAAAAGCUUUGGUAGCCGGUGAGGAAAGCUGUGCUGAGUCUUUAGCCACUGCUAAGCCAUAUGUCUGUGAGAUGGAAGACUGUGACUUCAGAACUGCUCAGAGUUACAGCCUACUGCGCCAUUACAAUACCAAACACGGCUGCUCCAUUGAGCAGGCCAAGAAGAUGACCUCCUUAAAAACCACUUCAUUUAAGCCUUACAUAUGCCAGCUUUGUUCCAAAGGUCACAGAGAAAAACACGUGCUGAGGGCCCACUAUAUCAACACCCAUAACAUGAGCGAGGCUUUAGUAGACCAGAUCAGCUGCGGGGCCGUGCGCUACGAGGAAAACCAGGAGCCCAUGUCUCCAACCAAGCAAACAUCUCAGCCUUUGAUUAACCACAGUCCAAAAGUGAGGAAGAUGGAGAACCCCAGACUGCAACGCCAACAUGACACAAACAACUCCCCUUUGGGCAGAGAAAACGGAAAAGAGUUUGACAAUUCGCCAUCGGAAGACGAAGGAGAGGACGAAGUGGACAGAGGAGGGGAGGCAGAAAUGAGUGACCAGAAAGAAGAAGGUGAGGACAAGACUCAGGUUAGAACAACAAGGCGGUUGGUUGCUAAAGGUAAUCUGUGUUAUAUUCUGGACAAAUUCAGUAAACCCUUUCAUUGUGUGGCCAAAAACUGUGCUGCGGCUUUUUCGACCCAAGGGGGCCUAGUGCGCCACCUGCAGUUGGUGCAUCACUACAACCGCUCUCAACUCCUGCUCGAAAAAGACUCUGAUGAGCAAAGUCCCGAGGUUAGGAAAGAGCCAGCAAAGAAAAGGAGUCCCUCGAACUCGGAUGAACCUCAGCCACAGUUCAAGUGUCACUUUGCUAACUGUAACGCCUCCUACCACCUUAAAAGCAGCCUCGUGCGCCACACUCGCGACUACCACUCUCAGCCACCACAGCUGAUACGGUGCACGUUUGACGGCUGCUCGAGGGUGUUCAGCCACAACGAUGCCCUUAAGAAACAUACGCUCUAUAGUCACUGUGAGUACUACGAUUCACUGGUGUUACGUCUGCAAAGCACUCACAAGAAGUCAAUUACUGGAUGCCAAAAGAAGCUCAUUGUGGCUCAGCAGGAGGAGGAAGAAAAUGGUUCACCCCCCACCCAGGAGGAGAUACUCAGUUCGAAGCCUGAAUUGGCGGCCUGCUCAGAAGAGAAGAGUGAAGAAGUCAUCGAAGAGAAGGAGUUGACGGGUGAAAAAAAGACAAAAAGGUAUUGUUUCAGUCGCUUUGUCUUUCGGUCUCACGAAGAAGCUCUACAGAUGUGCCAAGAUCGCUGCCUGCGUGUAGCCUACCCAUGCAUGGUCCAGGACUGCGACUCGGUGGUCACCUACCUGCACAGCUUGAACCGCCACUACCUUCGAGUGCACCGCAUGCGUAGAGAAGAUCUUGUUAAUAAUGAGGAUAGGCUUCUUUUUAAUGCCGAGCAACUGGAAGAACUGAUUCAAAGAAAGUCGGCCCGGCCGGCUGUAACAGAGGCUUGCGUCUCAAAUGGGACUCACACAUCUGAGGAUCAGGCGGGGUCAGAAAAUACGGGGGAGCUGAGCCCGUCCCCUGUUAAAGCAGAUCGGGAUGCACUGGGUCUUCCGGAGGGGGAGGAGGAGUUGCCACCUGUUGAGAGGAGCGGGGUGCUGGUUGGUGCUGACGAGGUGCUUUAUGGUGAAGCGAGCACAGAUGGGCACCCUGAGGACCCUGCCACGGCACCCCAGAUCACUCCAAAACAAGAGGGGAGGUUAACAUUGGAUAAGAUCAAACCUCUUCUGCGCCCAUUGACUGUAGACCUCUCCCCACCAUGCUCACUGCGUUUUACUAAUGAGGAGAGUUUCCAAGAUACAUCCAGCAGCAAAGACUGUGGCAAAAUGACGAACGGGUCAGCGACUGCGCCCUCUCCUCCUGUUCGCCAGCCCCUGAAACGCAAAAACGAACUGUCUGAACAGCCUUCCAACUUGAAAGACACUCAGCCUAGAAGCCCUUCCCAAAGCCCGUUCAACAUAGCUGCCUACAAGCCCAUGGGCUUUGAGUCUUCUUUCCUAAAGUUCAUACAAGAAUCGGCUCCAGCAGACAAAAACGCGCCUGUCAAACGGCGAGACGCUUUCAAGCGCAGCUGCUCUGUCAAAGAGAACAACCAGCUGGGAGUCUCUCACACCCGCACCAGACGCACUCAUUCGACACUGGUGAAGCCCCAUACCAUGAGUGGAGACUUCACGUCAGUACAAAACUUGAAGUCCAUACUGGACAAAGCCCUGGCUGGGUGUGGGGACCUGGCCAUCAAGCAGCUUCAGUACCUCAGACCUGUGGUGGUCCUGGGGAGACCCGUAUGCACCACCACCCUGCCUGAACUCUUCCCAUCAGACACCAACAACAGCAAGCUACUUCUUGGAAGUUAGUCUAAUGAAGCACCUUUUUAAAAUGGCAAUGGCAAAUUACUUUGUAUUUCCUCAAGCUAUGUAUCAGUAUUUUUCAUUUCUUACAGAACUGAGGAUGUUAUGUGUUGCUGUUUUGUUUUUUCAGUUGCCAAACUUAAGUUUUGUAGAAAAUAGUAGAACAGAAAACAAGCCUCAACAGUGCACACCAGAUCCAGUUUGACUGUGUUUUAGACAAUGAUAAAGACAAUAAUCGCCUAAAUAUGGAGUCAUAAUCACAAGUGUAUAUACAGUAGUCCUCCAAGAUAAAUGUACAGCUUUCCAGAUUGUUAGGACUGGUUGGUAGCGUAUUGCAAGGCCUUUUUCACUUUUGUGGAAUUGUGACUGAAAAAUAUUUCCUUACAACAAAGUUCUCGAGGAAUAUUUCAUUAUUUUCCACCUCAGUUUAUAUGAAAUCAGUGUUUGGAUGCAGUGAACAGACAUUGGCAGACAUGUAUGUAACACUUUCUAAUUAAAUAAAUGUGGAAAUUAAUUCAGAGCCUUUACUUAACCGUGUAAUGAUCCUUUUUUUGUUUGCCGAAAUUAAAAAAAGAUUUGUUUUUUAAAUGAAUAAAUUUGUAAUUUAA